AUGACCGAAGCUCGUCCGUUGGAUAUUGUUGUCAUCGGCGCUGGUAUAUCUGGGUUGACGGUGCUGGAAAAGUCCAAAUUCAACAGGGAAACCGGGGCGGCCAUUAAUGCGCCCCCGAACUGUACGGCGCUGCUGGAGUGGUUGGACAUUGACCUGCGUGACUUUGGGGGGACUUUGCUUGAAGAAGUUAAUCGACAUGAUCACCAUGGAACGGUGAAGUUCCAUACAGACUUUGAUGCUGUUCGGAAGUUGUGGCAGGCUGAAUACUACCUGGUCCAUAGAUGUGAUUUGCACGGAGCCUUGAAGCACCAAGCACUAAAAAGGGCGGAAGUCCACACGGGGUGUGAAAUCGUGGGCAUAGAUACCUCCACCAGCCGUCCAUCAGUAACGUUGGACGACGGCCGUGUCUUCGAAGGAGACUUGCUAAUCGGUGCAGAUGGGCUUCAUUCGAUCAUUCGCAAGAAAAUCGCACCGAAUGCCCCCGAUCCAACUCCUGCAGACAAGUCCUGUUUCCGCUGGCUGCUACCAGCAGGCGAACUCCGCGAGCUAUCCACAACGACCGAUAUAGCCAGACGAGGCGCACUGAUGGAAUGGGCUGCAGCGGGCAAAGCGCGACUUGUAAUGUAUCCCUGUUCGAACAACGAAGUACUGAACCUCGUCGCGUUUAUGCCGACGGCGCAAGUCGGCAAACUGGGAGAAGGCUGGGAGGCGACGGGAAAUAAGAAGAUUCUUGUCAACGGAUUCGCAGACUUCUGCCCUGCAGUGCGCGAGCUUGUUGGGCGUGCUGGCGAUGAUCUCAAGAUGUGGCAGUUAUACGAUAUGGAGGCGCUGCCGCACUAUGUGGAUGGAAGAGUAGCUUUGAUUGGAGAUGCAGCGCAUCCAUUCCAGCCGUACCUGGGCCAGGGAGGCGCGAUGGCGAUUGAGGAUGCCGUCUCGCUUGCGAUUCUUUUGCCGAUGGGAACGACAGUCAACGAUAUACCGCGCCGAUUGGAGCUGUAUGAGACGGCGAGACGGCCACGGGUUGAGUUGACGCUGUACUACACAGCGUUGAAUGCGCGGAACGAGGACGAGCAGUCCACCGACACAGAAACCGCGGCGGAAAUGGCGAAGAUUAUGGGGACUAUUGGCUCACAUAACGAAGUGGCGCAUUCCACGGCGGUUCUGCAGGAGGCGCAGUCGGCAGUCGGGGCUGCAGCGAGCGACUUUCCCGAUUCGGGCAAGGGUGAAGCCAUCGUAGGGUAG